AAGACCAGGUGAACUCGGAGCCUCACAAGACAGACAAUGUUCAGACCAACAGCAGCACGGUUUGCACUGAAUGCCGCCGGCAAGCCCAAGCCGGCGCUGGGAAAGGAUUUGAUCAAGUACUGGAACAUCGCCAAGGGAGACACUGUUCGCGUUAUCUCCGGAGUUGACAAGGGCGCGGAGGGGAAAGUUGUUGAUAUCACCAAGCACAUGAACCAGCUGAUUGUGGAGGGUGUCAGAAUGAAAAGAAGCAGGGUGCCAGAACUUUUCCUCAGCGGAGAAGAGAAGAGCAAGGAUGACAAGUUCAUGAACAGGCCGCAGCCUGUUCAUUACUCCGACGUUCGCCUUGUUGCUGAACUCCCCGACGCUGAAGGCAAUGUGCGCAAGGUUAUCGUCAAGAAGAUCAAGCGCGGACCGCUUUACUACGACAAGAACUUCGGUAGACUGACAUGGUCUCGAAUCAUCCCUGGAGAGAACAAGACCCUGCCUUGGCCCAGAAAGGCUCCCGAAAUUGACAAGAACCAUCCACAGAACACACCCACCGCCAUAGUUGAGGGGUCGACUUGGGUUCCUACCCUGCACACCUCACCAAUUCCCGAAUCAGUCAGGGACGAACUGAGAAAUAAAUACUCCAAGUACAAGAGACCGACGCCGGUGCCCAAGAUUACAUCUCCGGCUAUGCCUAUUGCUCUCACUGAGCUCCAGGUUGCGAACAGGGAGGCAAGAAUCAGGAAGAGAUUGCUGGGCGACAAGCCACUGUCGGAGGACGUGAUGGAUUUGUUGGAGCAGAAGAUGAAGAAUCAUGGGGUUUCGCUCCCUGCAUAAAGGACGAAUGUGUGGUGAUAGAUUGACAGGAAGGUCAUGCAUCUACGGAGCUCUAUGAUAUCAAAUGUAUCUAUUCUCCUUUCAUGUUGUUCCAGAUUAGGAAAUAUGCACCCGCUCGGCAAUCUCCUUGAUCCUGCUGAUGAUUUUGGUGGGUAU